CUUUUUUUUCCAACUAUUUAUUUAUUUAUGCGCACGCAGAAGCGGCAGAGCAGCCCCUCCCACCAUCGAGAGGACAACCAAUCAGACGAGGACGCAGCGCCAGAGUACGUGUCAGAGCAGCUCUCUGGAAGCUCCUCCCCCGCUGCUUCACGUGACGAUGACGAACAAGAAGAGGAAGAAGUAGAAGAAGAAGAAGAGGGAGAGGAGGACGAGGAGGAUGAAGGCGAGGAGGAGGAGGAAGAGGAAGAUGAGGAAGGAGAGAAGGAAGACGAAGGUGAAGAGGAGGAGGAGUACGAGCGUCGCGUUGAGGGCAAUGACUACGACACGCGCAGCGAGGCGGGAGAUUCGCGCUCAGCCUCCUCCGUCAGUUUCUCAGACGACGGCGAGUCGGCGCACUCGGCCUCGGGCUCUGACGUCUCAGGUUCCGAGAAGAAGCGGGAGAAGCUUUCGUCAUCGGUGCGAGCCGUCAAUCCCACCAGUAACCUUCGCUACAUCCUGCGCGAGUCGCGCUUCUUCGUCAUUAAGAGCAACAACCACGAGAACGUCUCACUGGCCAAAGCCAAA